CAGUUAUAUUUUAGUGCUGACUUGUAAGAAAAAAAUUGAAAAUCGAAAAGAGAGACAUCAAAAAUGAAAGUUUUUGUUUUUGCUUCAUUAAUCGCCUUGACUUUUGCUCAAGCGCCAUUAGGAGGCGUACCUGACAGUCGAUGUCCAAGGAAUGAAGAUCCUAGGAAUCCGACACAAUUUCCGAAUCCAUAUGAUUGUGAAUCAUUCUUCAAAUGUAACCGAGGAAAUUCUUUUGAGGUCAGAUGUCCAAACGGUCAACAUUGGAAUAGAGAAAAAAAUUAUUGCGACUCUCCUUGGACCGCACGAUGCGUCCCACAAACGCCACAACGACCAGCACCACGUCCACCACAAAGACCCAGCAUUCCUAAUCCAAGACCUGAAAUUGAACAUCCAGAUUUCUUGAAUUGCCCUUUCGUUGACACUCCUGGAAAAAUUGUCUACUUUCCUUAUCACCUUAAUUGUCAACAAUUUUAUCAGUGCGUCAAUGGUCGCGCUGUUUUACUUCGAUGUCCGAUGGACCAUGCUUGGGAUCUUCGCUACAAUCAUUGCACAAGAGCUGAAAAUGUUAUCUCAAUUGCUGUUGAAAGUGGUUUUGGUCAAACGAGUCGAGCCACAAGAGCUCCAGCGCCUACACGAAGAACAACAGCUGGUAGAGGUCCCACUCGUCAACAGGGUGUGCCUGUGAGGCCUAUUCCUACACGAGCUCCUGGAAAUGGAAGUCCAACGAGACAAGCAGCUCCUGGUCAGCCACCAAUUCCUACACGAGCUCCACCAGCUCAACCAGGUCAACCACCUGUACCAACAAGGGCUCCACCAGGCCAACCACCAGUACCAACAAGGGCUCCACCAGGUCAACCUCCAGUACCAACAAGAGCUCCACCAGGCCAACCACCAGUACCAACAAGGCCUCCACCAGGCCAACCACCAAUGCCAACAGCUCAACCAAUUCAACCACCAAUACCAACAUGGGCUCCUGAUGUGAAUCCAAAUAACCCUGAUGGCAUUGAAAUACCAACAGCCUCAGUUCCACAACGUACGACUACCCGACCUCCUCGCAUAAGCGUGGUUGGUGUUCCAGAUUCACGUUGUCCAGCUAAUCAAAAUCCAAGGAAUCCUGUGCAUUUACCACAUCAAUCAAACUGCGAACGAUUCUUCAAAUGUGAUCAUGGCAUGGCAUUUGAAUAUCAAUGUCCAGUUGGUCAACACUGGAACGCACGAAGAAACUAUUGCGAUUUCCCUAAUCUGGCUAAUUGCGAUCAGAACAAUUGGAACUGGAGUCCACCAAAUAACAACUGGCAGAAUCCACCAAGCUGGAACAAUCCAUCAAAUAAUAGACCACCAACUUGGGACAGUAACCCACCUAGCUGGGACAGCAGCCCACCUACCUGGAAUAAUCCUCCAAAUAAUUGGAACAAUCAGAUCCCUCAAGUCCCAAACUUCCAACAUCCAAUCAUAAUCCCAAUGGCACCUUGAAAAAAAAAUAUAAAUUCAAACCUCUGAAUUAUCGCUGAAAUUUGAUUUACUUUUGUAACGUUAUUGCAAUUUAACAUUUUAAUAAGAUAUUUAAAUAAAAAAUACAAAGUUUUGUGAUUCAAAAAA